GCUGUCACAGCCCACUGUUCGGGAACCCCUGCCAUAGAGCCCGCCGCAGAGGCCGCCUUGUCCUUGUUGCCCAUGAGGCAUGAGCGGUAUCAUCCCCGGCUAGCGGACGAAGUGUGGCACCAAGUGGGGAAGGGACUAGCCGAGGACUAUCCAGUGGGCGACAGGGUGGAUCACUUGAUGAUGACGUGUUCUGUUCAUUCCCCCUGGAGCAUCUGGCAUUGGCCACUGUUGGAAGACAGGGUACUGGGCUUGAUGGACCUUUGGUCUGACCCAGUUUGGCUGUUCUUAUGUUCAGUGUUGUGUGUUUGGAGGGAAGGGUUUAUUUUACAGCAUGAGUCUUGUGGUAUUUGGUGUCUUUCCUAAAUCCCCAGCUUCUGCAGUCAUGUGAAAACAUGAGAGUCUCCUUUUUUUUCACUGGAGAUGGGACACUGGAUAGAAAGGGCUCAGGAUUACUACAGUGAAUUCUUUCCCAGGUGUCUGCAUAGUGGGGCUCGCCAACCUGCUUAGGGUCUAACUGAAGGAAUUUUCCCCCAGGUCAAAUUGACAGAGACCUGGGGGGAUGGGUGGAGGGGUUUGCCUUCCUCUGCAGCAUGGGGCAUGGGUCACUUGCUGGUUUAAAGUAGAGUAAAGGGUGGAUUCUCUGAAACUUUAAGUCUUUAAGCCAUGAUUUGAGGAAUUCAGUAACCCAGCUAGAUGUUAGGAGUCUAUUACAGGAGUGGGUGGGUGAGGUUCUGUGGCCUGCAGUGUGCAGGAGGUCAGACAUGAUGAUCACAAUGGUCCCUUCUGGCCUUAAAGUCUGAAUCUAUAAGCCUUCAUGAGUGAAGGGAAAAGCUUGAAAACAUGACUCCUAAAGGCUUUAAAAGCACAGAAGCAGAACUCAAAAUGUACAACUCUUAACGCUUUUUUUUUUUUUAAACCAAACGCAUGAGACAGGCUCCCUGGAAAACUUCUGGGCUUUGGUUGCCUGGGGUGAAUUUGGCAAUGCUGAGGAUCACGGAGCAAAUCAGUAGUACUGUUGGGAGUAGAACCCAGGUGUCUUGACUCCUGCCUAAUGAUCAUUACGUAAAACUAGCCUCUCUCUACACAUAUUUUGCAUUUUCUUAGCCCUCCUUCCCCCAAAGUAAUUUAGAGCACAGAACCUCAGUGGUACAUGUGGCCAAUGGCAGGUUCUGCUUAGGAGGCAAGCAUGCAUCAGGAGUAGUUGCUUUAUGGCUAAGCUUUGUGUAAUUGCAGUGGCUGGCCAGUUCAUAUAAAGAUAGAGCUAUGGCCAGCAGCCGUCUACCCACAACGUGUUUCCUCCUAGAUUCUCCCGGGGGACUGUAUUUUGUGUUUUUUUUAAUGUUGCUGCUCACUAGGUGUCUUCCUGCGUCUGAGAAGUUUCCCUUACUUGCUGGGUGGAGCAAAGUGGUGUUACUGAGACUUGAGAGCACAUCUGGCAUGUGCAGAGUUGGAUUCUCCCUUCAGAGAAAGAGAGAAGGAGAAGGAAGUAGCCCGCCUUCCAUGAGGGAAUAUGAUCCAGAGCUGUAUCAUAAAGCGGUACUGUGAAAAGAGGUUUGUUCCCAAAUACCUAGCAACAAUAGGAAUCGACUAUGGCGUCACCAAAGUGCAAAUUAGAGAUCGAGAGAUUAAAGUGAACAUCUUUGACAUGGCUGGGCACCCCUUCUUCUAUGAGGUGCGCAAUGAAUUUUACAAGGACACUCAGGGUGUUGUCCUAGUGUAUGAUGUCGGACAGAAGGAGUCAUUUGAUGCACUGGAUGGCUGGCUGGCUGAGAUGAAGCAGGAGCUUGGACCUCAUGGAAACAUGGAAAACAUUGUCUUCGUUGUCUGUGCCAACAAGAUUGACUGCACCAAGCACCGCUGCGUGGAUGAGAGUGAAGGGAGACUGUGGGCAGAAAGCCGGGGGUUUCUUUACUUUGAGACUUCAGCACAGACCGGAGAAGGAAUCAAUGAGAUGUUCCAGACCUUCUAUUCCUCAAUUGUUGAUCUGUGCGACAAUGGUGGGAAACGCCCCACAUCGAGCAUGAGCGUUGGGUUCACCAAAGAGCAGGCGGACACCAUUCGGAGGAUCCGCAACAGCAAGGAUAGCUGGGACAUGUUGGGAGUCAAACCUGGAGCCACGAGGGAUGAGGUGAACAAAGCCUAUCGGAAGCUGGCCGUGCUGCUCCAUCCGGACAAGUGCAUGGCUCCCGGCAGCGAGGACGCCUUCAAAGCUGUCGUGAAUGCGCGGACGGCGCUUCUCAAAACCAUCAAAUAGAGGACGGAGCCGGAAAGCCCACCCUGGCAGACCCCAUGCCAACGAUUCCCGGAGAGCGAGUUGACCAGGGCAACCCUCUCCUCCCCAGCACUCGUUACUGUCUUAGUAAUGGAGACUAGGGGCCGCCUCCUCCUUCCACUAACUGAUGGAGGAACAGGAGUUGGCCCUCGGUAGCUGCGUUUCACCACUAUGCCAGUUUCUUUCUACCUUGAGAGCUGAGCAGAGGAGCUGUGCUCAGUGCACCCAGCCUUGAGCCACGUUCCUGAUUGAGUCUGAGGCCCAGAUUCACGGGCUGGCGUGAGCAGGUGCAGCGCUUCUGAAGGCAGUGGGUGUUGCACAGUUCUCACCGACGAUGGAUUUGGCCCCCAGUCUUGUUUCACGUGAAUUCUUGAAUGAAGCCUCCCCAGCUAGGCAUUACUGGCCCUUGAGGCUUCUCCUUAGAUGAGUGGGUGGGGCUGGCUCUGAGCGCAUCGUUGUGGUUGUUUAUCCCAAUGCUAAAACCAGCAAGAGCAAUCUGGCCUACUCCAGCACAAACAAGUCCCGCAUGCUGUGGCCUAAAUGCUCAUCUUACAGCAUCGGCUCUGUGUUUGCUCUAGAUUCAGAGACAGGACCCUAGCAGAGGCAGCCAUCUUGCACGUGGAUUAGCUAUUAGUAUUACAAAUACCCCUGAGGUUCAAGGAAACUCCGGGUAUGGUCCCUGAUUCCUUGAAACUAGUAGAGAAUGUCAGUGACCUCUGUGUUAGACAUGUUGGAUCAGGGGCUGACUUCUUGGUCACAACAGGACAUAAGCCUGCCCAUUUCCUAGCCUCUUAAGUAAGGGCCCGAUAUGGAAUUUGGAUGGGCAGUGAACUGUCUCUGGUGGGAGAGAACCCUUCUCCGGCCAGACUGGGAAGCACUAUCGCUGGGCAGGGAAGGGCAGAGGAAUGCAGCUUCUCGAAUGUGGCUUGAGUGCAGAGGUCUUUGCUCUUUGUGACUGUGCCAGAAGCACAGCGAAUUCACUAGAGAGCACAGCGGGGAUGAAAUCCGGCACGUGAGUGUUUAAAACCAAAUGCCACGUGCCUGUGGGCCGACUGUCUGAGGGGAGAGGCUGAGCGCAAUGCACCAGGGAAUCCUGUGCCCUAAGAUUUGACUUAAAACAAUAUUCACCCGUUUCAGCAGAGUGGGCCUGAAAUGUUGAGCGCCCUGAGCUCCGGUUGACUUCACAGGGAGCAGAGCGCUCAUCUUCUCAGGAUCAGGCCCUGUCCGGUUUGGCACGUCUAGGAAAUGGCUCUUGAGACUAAGUUAUUUCAUAGGGAUGAGCCAGUUCUAUGUUUCCUCAUGUGGUAAGCAGUAACACCUAUCUUGAGCCUGCAGAAGUCAAAGGUAGUCUGACUUUCCCAGCAAAGCUUAGUUAUUUCUCUCUCCCUGAGCAGAAACUUCACUCCUGGAAAUACUAAACCCAACAGGAGAGAUGUGCCUGAGGAAAGAUUAAGGAUUAGAUGGUACCUAAACCUGCCUGGGGAGGAAAGGGUGCAAGGAACUGUCUAUCGUCCUCAUCCCUCUUCUCCAGCAUUGCUGCUCAAAUACCAGGAACAAUCUCUGUCCUUCUCCCCUCUCAGAAUGCAAGUUGCCGGGGGCUUAGGUACCAACGCUGCAUGGGUAGGGCUGCAGGUCCUGCGUCUGCUACGGGCAGGCUGCUUUAUUGGGAAGGGCACACUGCACCCUUAAAGGGUGUCGCUGCCACCGCCCGCGUACAGCCACUCCGACCUCUCCCCGAAUGCAGGUUCAAGGCCGCAGGCCAGCCCAGAAUAAAUACUGCAGGAUUUGCCCCAGACACUACGAUCCUAGAGCCUGGGAGGCGUCCAGCUCUGGGAAGCUCUGUUGUCACUAAGUGGAGGCCGGAUGUUCUUCCUGUAGUCACACCUGGAUAAUGAUGGCACGAACGUCCGUAUGAAUAUGACAAGGUCUAUCUACCCAGUGUCAUCAUCCUUGCCAUGUCCUCCCAGUUACAGGCUGAAAUCUUCUACCAUGGGCUUUCUCUGUCUCACUGAAAUAAACUUAGCAGAGUGGGAUGCACAGGCUCUGCAGCUGCUUAAACCUCGCAUGUAAGUCUCUGGCCCUCCACAAACUGUUGGCAUGGUACUGAUUAAGGUACCAAUGGGUAAAAGCCCGUCCUGAUGGGGUUGUUCAAGUGAACAGUGUGUCCCCACAGCCGUUGCACGUAGGAUGAGGAAACUGACACAGUGAGGAAUUCUUUCAGGAAAAUACAGAUCCAGGUUUUGUUGUGCACCUCUCAAAACAGAGCCCCUUCUUUUGGCACCCGAGCCUUGCACACUUUGUUCAUUCCCUUUAAAAUUCCUCCAUUGCAAAUCUGCAUGCAAGUAAUGCAGCUUCCUAGGGGUACCAGAGCAAAUGGGGUUAGGACAUUUCUGAGACUGGAGGUGUGUGCUUGUGUCUGAGAUGGUGCUGGAAAUAGCAAUCAUCUCUGGUCAGGCUUCUCCUAGGGAAGCGAAACCAUUGCACUCAUUUUAUUGUAGUGUGAAGGGAAUGCUUUAGCCAGGGUGAGACUUCCAAGCCAAAAAUGAGAGCACCACCCUUUGCAUAUUGAUCUAUCUGUGCACUUUAAGCUUUGACAAUGUAUCGUAUGUUAUGUGGAGAGUAGGCUUUGCUUGUGGGUGUAUUUUCUCUCACUUCAAAUAAGUCUCUCCCCCUGCUUAACCUGUUAGAUUAGAAGUUCAGUCUUCUGACCAUUGUGAAUGUCGUGCAAGAUAAAAUUGCCAUAAACCCAGGUGCAGGUUCUUUGUAUUUUCACAUGCUGUUUUCUUUGUCUUGCAUAUUGUGUUGCAUUCUGGGCAUCUCAUUUAGUCAGAGUUCUCCUGACGUCAUGACCUAAUUCUUACAAGGCUGCUGUCAGUAGUGUAGGCUCAGAAUUCGGCCAUUGUGCUCUUCCUGAAAAAUUAUAGCCAUGAUUUUUACUGGAACCACACAGAAACCAAGCUGUGAGCUCCCCCUAUGGGUCUGCGGCAGCUACUCAGCUUUCUCUCUUGCAUUUCCACAGGUGCCAGCUAGAAAAGGACAAUCAGUAGGGGACAGAGGAUUGAAGCUAUGAAAGUAUUAAACAGUGGGAAAUAAAAGCACAUUAAAGACAAAUUCCACAUACACCCACCCCACAACAGAGUUUUCUGUUCUUAAAAUCCAUUAUUUCAUGCAGUUGGUGCAAUUCAAGACAUCCUUUUCCUCUCACUUUCAGGCAACUUUUCUGUCUCUCCCCCCAGCCCUGCUAAAAGCAAUUUAAAGGUUGAUUUAUUUAUUUUGUUUGUUUGUUUUGCUGCGAAUUUCAUAAGACUACAUUAUUUCCAUCUACACCAAGUUUCGGAUGCCAGAUUGCGGGGAGAUGGCGGGGGUGGGGGAGAAAAGAUCUACUGAAAAGCAGCUGUUAUACCUCAGACAUAUAAAUAAUCAUUUGAGACAUUGCACCAUAAGGUUAACUUUAGUUUUAAAUUAGCAACAUUUCUUCUCUCCCAAAGCAAAUUCAAAUGUUACAGGCAAGAUCUUGUGCUGGUGUUAAAUCAGCAUUGGAGUAUGUGGAGCUAGGUCAGUUUACAUUCUUAAGCUCUUUGGAGGCCUCCUCAUCUCCCAUGCUAAGGAAACCACUUGAUUCUGGCUUCAAACCUAGUUCUCUGUGUAUUUUCCAGGAAGGAAGGAUAAAUAAUUCUGCUGCUGGAUGGUCCAAUUCCAAGCCAUAAAGGCCAACUUCUAGGAAGAGUCUUGUUAAUGGCUGAUUGUUAUUCAGAAAUAGUUCCUAUGUUCAGGGAUGCACUUACCCCUUCUGGUGUGUUGGAUAUAUAAACUGUGAAUGCACUGUGUUUUACUCUUAUAAAAAUACCUUUUAUUGUAUUGAUUGAAUUUAUGUCUGUUUUUGUUGUUUACAUGAACUGACUGGAAACACUGAAAUGACUACGCAUGUGUGUCUUUUCGAGAGACUGGAUGUACUUUUAACCUGUGUAGUUUUAUAAAGCAAAACUGAGUUUAAAACAAAA